UGCAGUUCCGACUUUCAUAACAGACAGUUUCGAUUACAAAUUUCUGUUACAGUAUAUUUGGAAGUGAUAAAAACUAGAUUUUUUGAGAAAUUAACAUUUUUAUCACGUGAAGUGAUAAUUGACUUUCUGCUUAUUACUUUUGUUGACUUGUCUGAUCACUUAACAGGUGAGUCGUCAAAACUAGGCUUUAGUUUUGUUAAAACAUUUCUGAUGAUUGCAAUUAGUACCACAAAUAUUCACUUAGUAAAUUUAUGAACAUUCAAGGCAUACGUUAUAUAUUCUUUAAUGACACCAUUUGUGAACUACCUCUAUCAGGAUACCGAAUGUUAUGAAAAAGAAAUCAAAUUUUAUUUCACACGCUUUCCUUAUGACCUACUAAACGAAUUCUACGACUUUGGACCAAUUUCCUUUCAUCCAAAUAUAAUCCCAAAUCGAGUUUGUGUGUGGGAAGUAACAUUUGCAAUAAAAAAAUAUGAUUAAAUGUUUCGGCAUGGAAAAUGCGUAGCUGUCAAAUGUCAAAAGCCUGAGUGUUAUAUUUACAGUGAUGUUUACAUAUUUAGUAAUCAUAACAACUCAAUUAAGUUGAGUAAAUAACUCAGGAAUGUGAUAGCGCACAUGGAGGAGAUGUUUGUAUUUUUCACCCAUUCUACCCCCUUCAUUAUGCUUUUGAUACCACCAAAUUUUGGUCGAAUCCGACUCUUAAUCUUUUUGAUUAACAAUCAUUAUUUGCAUAUCCGAUUAUCUGUUGCGCAAUAAAUUUCACUUUGACAAUCAAUGUACAAAAAGAAUUACACUUAACUAAGGAACAAAUAAAAAACUAUUGAUGCUGAUGGUUUUUGGAAAACAUUCGUGCAACAGCACACGAUAACCUGAUUGGGCUUGAUAAAAAAAAUAGUUAAAGGAUUUACUGAAAUUUUAAAAAUAAAUCACAUUGAACAUAAUGUGAACAUUUCUCCAUAACGCUUUCUUUGAUUCGUAAGCCUUAAUGAUAAGCAAUUAUUUUAAGCUUGCAUAAAGUUCUGUUCAAUGAACGGGAAUCGAAUGCUCGAAUUGAAUUAAUUAACACAAGGCGAGAAAUGUCAUGAUGUAAAUUCCUUGAAAUUCAGCAUUCAUUGUUAAUCAGUGACCAUUCAGUGAAUCUUAAAAUUGUUUAUAACAAGAGAUAUAUAGAUAAAUAAAGUCAUAGAUAUGAUUACUACUGAUUUGUACAUUAAUACUGAGAUCUCAAUGGUACAGUUGUGCUUGGAACUGAUUUAUCUUAUUAUAUCCAGCAUGGUGCAAUAAUUUAAUACAUGGGUUUAAAUGUUUAUGUCUGCCAGCUGGCUACUGCCUAAUUUCCGUUAUACCACACACACACACACACACACACACACACACACACACACACACACACACACACACACACACACACACACACACACACACACACACACACAUACAAUUAUUAAAUAUUAAAUUAAAUUUAUGCUUUAACGUUAUGAGGGUGAACUGGUUAUGUAUAUCAUGCAUCAAUCAAUGCAAUUCACAGCGGUUAACUUAUUGGUUUUUAUGUUCAAAAAGGUGAAGGUUUAAUUUUUUUCUUAAACAAUAAGUUUAUUUUUGCAUUAUUCUCAGAAGGGGUCAUGAAUAUUGAAAAAGUUUCGAGACUUUGCAAAAGUAAAUGGUGAAAUGGUAAAGUGCGAGUGCUAAGGAUUCAUAUAUGUAAUAAGGACAUUUUAAUAUUUUAUUAUGUUAGGUCUGAUGAUUUGAAUAGAUAUUUUUGAAGUCAUUAAAUUUGUUGGCUUCCUUUUAUAAAUUUAAUUUCUUACAUCAUGCACGUGAACAGUCAUAAUAAUAUUAUUGCCCUAAAAUUUUCGGCGAGUCUAGAUGAAAGAAUCAGAGUGAAAAUGGCAUAGCAUUCAAAUGGGUUCUAUGUAUUUAUUUAAAACAACUUAUUCUCCCAAGUAUCACAUGCCGUAAUUGUCAUGCUGACUCAAAAUGAUCAAAAACUUAAUUUAUGACAACAUUAAUUUAUGCAACGAGUAGCUUCCAAGAGAAGUGAACAAAAUAGUUGUUAUUAAUUAAAAGGUGAAGAUCCGUGAACAUGUUUCUAAAAUUCUGGACCAAAAAAUUAAAGAGUGCCUCGUCACAAACAAAUUGUACGUGAGUCACGCUGUUUUUCUUGAUUAUCUCCUUAUCCUUAAAAGUGACAAAUUUGAGAGUUGGUUUUUUAAAAAGAAAACUAAAAUUUCCAUCUAUUGUUGUAUAAUUCACUUCUUGAAACUUUUCAGUUACUUGAAAAAAUCACUUUAACUAAGCAUUACUCACGUAUGUAUGAUAGUGCUAGUUAAAAAUUCAUAUUAUUUAUUUCCGUUAAGCAAAAAUCCUUAAAAAAAACGUCGACGUCUAAGAAGCUAUAAGUGACAAAAUGGUCAAAGGUUUCUUGCAUGUCUAUGAUUCCAAAUGUGUAAAAAUUUGGAAACUUAAGAAUGAAUUUUAUGCCACUUUUACUACGACACAAUCAUUUGUAUUCAAACAAACAAAAUUCGCAAUUAGAAACAGAAUUGUUUAAGAGCAUGGCUACAAGCGAUGAUCAACCAUCAUCAUCAAAAUUUUACAAACCAAAGUCGAAGAAAUUCACCAAAAUUCCAAUUUUUAUUGUCGAGAAUCAUAAUGAUGUUUUGGAAUUGAUUCUUCCUUCACUUGCCAAUUUAUAUCUGCCCUUUCAAAAUAACUUGAUGAUACAUUUUGAUUCACAUCCUGAUUGCUGUAUCAAUCGACAGAUGCCUGCUGCUACAGUCUAUAAUAGAAGCCUAUUACUAGAAAGUUUAAGUAUUGAAAAUUGGCUAGUUCCAUUAACAUAUGCAGGACACAUCAAUGAAAUAAUUUGGAUACAUCCACAAUUUGCAACUCAAAUUUCUGAUGGCAAUCAUCAAUUUUCAGUGGGAGAUUUUGAUGGAAAGAUAAGUGUGAGCUCAAAUCUUGAUUACUUCCUGACUGAUGGAAGUUAUAAGGAAGAGACAUUGCUACAAAAUAAAAAAGAUGUGAAGUUGACAGUAGCGCAAGUUAGUGAAUCAAUAGCUGAAUUAAUUGAAGAUAAUCGUACAUGGAUACUCGAUAUUGAUCUUGACUACUUUAGUACUCUAAAUCCAUUCAUUUCAAUUUAUCCGGAAGCAAAUACGUAUGAGAGAUUGAAGGAAAUCUUUAAAAUGGACAAAAACUAUGAUUUAAAUGAUCCAGAUAGUAUUGCAAAAUUUGUAUCAGAACGUAAUCGCAAAUUAGAAUUUUUCGACACAGUAUUUCAGCAUAUGGCUCAGAAUGGAUCUUUAGAAAAGUAUAAAUUAGAAGAUGAAAGCAUGAAAGAAAAAUUAGAAGUCGUUAAGGAGCUAAUUGACAGUUUGUGCCAUCAUUAUUCAAUAUAUGACAUCGACUGGUUCAUUAUUAACGAUGCUGGAUGUACAAUUGAUGAUGAGCAGCACCAACUUCCUCAUCAUGAAAGCAGCGAGGAAGAGAUAAAGACAAUGAUUGACAAGUUUGAGAGAUUCUUAAAGAGCUUAAAUAAAAUGCCAGUAAUGGUGACAAUUUCGAGAUCAUCAAAUGAUGGAUAUACACCGAAUCAUCAAGUCGAAUUGAUACAACAAAUGGUACUGGAUAGACUCCAAAAAGUAUUUGGAGAAAACAUUACAGAUCAGCCAACACUUUGGUACAAAAAUUCGUCUAUACCGGCACUAGAACUUGUUGAACCUCGAAAGAAAAAACCUUGAUUUCAAAGAACUGCUUACUUUUUAUUAAAAAAUUCAUUUCAUUUAUUUUAAACUCUAAAUAUGUUUUCACAAUUGUUUUCGCUCAUCAUCAGUUUUUCUUUUCAAGUUUAAUAAAAACAGCAUCAUCUUAAAAAUAGAAUUAAAGAAUUAUCUGCAUUUUUAAUGAUUCAUCAACGAAGAACUAUAUAUAUUUAUAUUAAUAGUUGAUACCCAAGAUUACUGGAUACAUGAUUUUUUUAUUUAAUCAGGCCUAAAAUCUAAUUGAAUUGAGUGUAAACCCCCACAAUUAACUGUGGAAGCUAGUUUUUCAUUAUAGUUUUAAUAUAUUUAUUUAUCUCUUUCAUCCCAUCCCUAAACUUAUCAUUUUUUUUCUUUUUUAAAAAUCGAUCACUUUUGAAAAAAAUUAUUCAUUUUUCACAAUUAUUUCUGUUGAGCAUAAGCAACCUAAUAACUAUAAAAUUCCAUUCUUCCUCUUCCUUCAUGUAAGCCUAAAAUAUUAUCAAAAAUGAAAUGUGAUAUAAUCAUAGAAAAAAAUUAGUAAAUUUGUUAAUAGUCGAUCUACAUCCAUUAUGUUAUUCGUUAAUCCGUUGAAGGAACUGAAUUCAUCUUCUUCUUGAUCGACCGCUGUUCUUGCUGUAUUUAUGUAAAAGUGUAAUAAUUAAAAAAAUAGAGUAUGCUAUGGAAACUGAUUCCCAUUUUUAAGGCAAAUUCUGUUAUUUCGUCAUUUCUUUCAUAUAUCCCCGUUGAUAAUUAGUAAAAUAAUGUUUUGAGGAAAUUCUUUUGAUUUCAAAAAUUUUACUUGAUAAUUUAAUAAUGUAGCCAUUCACUACGAUAUUCGUUUGUUUUGUUUUAACGUCAAAAAGUGGUUGGUUUUAAGAAAGUCAAUAAAAUCUAAAGUACCUAUAUAAUAAUUGUAUUACAAAAUUAUUAAAAUAUGUAUAAAAAGAUAUAGCUUUUGUGUAAUUUAACAAGAUCAGUUUCAAGUAGUUUAAGAUGAAUAAAAACAUUCAAAAAAUUCAGAUUGCCACCGAAUGAGAAUAUAUUCGUAAAAGUAGGAUUAAUUAAAAAGGAAGAUGUAAGGAAAAGGUACACCAUUAAAAAUAGAGUCCAAGACUCUUUGCUUCCUAAAGCAUAUAAAUGCUAUAUGUAGUUAAAUUUUUAAAUGUAAGUAUGUAAGUCCUGUUACCGUACAACUAGCAACUUCAUUUGCUCUCAUUUUGAAUCUUCUUCCAUGUAUCACCCAAAGCCUUUGCAAAGUGAUCGUCAACAGACAUUUCAUUAGUAUCACUGUGCUCAGUGAUUAUCACUUGUUUCUGUUGUUGUGGCUGCAAUUGUGGGACAAUUUGUAUUGGUGUCGUUUGAAUUGGCAGUUGAUUUUCUUGUUGUAUGCUUAACAUUGCUUGGUGAUGUUGAUGAAUUUGAUGCUUUUUAUGGUGCUUGAGUUUAAGUAGACUUUGUGUAUGCAUAACAGCUGCUUGCUGUUGUUGUUGCUGCUGCUGUAAUUGUUCUUCUAACAUUCGUUGCUUUUGCUCUUGUUCCAAUUGUUUAUUUCGCAUAAUGAGAUCAUAGUCAGUACCGAGAGAACGUCUAAAAUGUUCAUCAAUAAAUGGAUCACAAGUUGAUGACGGAUCUAAAAAAAUGACAUUUUUGCAAUAAGCUAUUAUUAAGACAUAAGAUGGAGAUUACCUGGUGAAUUCGAGUUAGUAUCUUUGAAUGACGGAGCACGUCGAAUGACACUUGGGCGAACCGAAUCGUCAGAAUCAUGCUUUGUUUUAGUUAUUCGCAUAUCUAAUGGACUAUCAUCGUGGUCACCGUCAACAUUAAUUUCUUCAUCGUCGUCUUGUUCCAUUAAUUCUGAACGAUCCAAUAAUGACGAUUUGAUUGUAUUAUUAUUGUUACUGGAAUUUAUGGGCGCAGAUACUGCUUGAUUAUUGAUGGGUAUUAUUGAUAAACUAGAAUGGGUGGGUGCUGUUGAAUUUAAUAUGGCAUUCUGUUGAGCUUUAAGCUGUGUUAAUCUUUUCUUGGCUGGCAGUUUACUUAACUCAAUAGCUGCUAAAAAGUUGGAAAUUUAUGUUGCAAAAGAAAAAAUCUCAAAAGUAAAACUGAUCAUCUUUACCUUCAUGUUCCUGAGCAUUUAAUGCUGCACGAGAAAGUAGCUCCAAUGCUGAGGAUGACUCCAUAAUUUAUCAAAAAAAUUUAAAUUUGAUGUGACUUUUUGUUGUUGUGUGAUUCACAAUUUCAAAAUUUUCCUUUUAUAUCUCUCAAAUGCUUUUUCUUAUUAAUUACAAUAACUUUACAUGAUAGCAAGUCACGAGAACAGUAUGUUGCAAGGCUUAAACAGUCCCGAAAAGUCGGGUUUUCUUGUUAAAAACUUAAAAAUGUGAAUAUUUAUUCUUCUUCGUAAAAGUAGAUUAGCGCGGUAG